AAGGUGGCAGCUCGUCAUGGUCAACCACCUUUCCACGUAGAGCUAUUAGGCUCACUGUUUUGCAUGUUGAAGCUUCUCGACACGUGUCACGCCUAUGAAGCAGGUAAGGAGAACGCCGAGGCUCUUCGCAAAGUCGAAGAUAGAGACGUACAGGAGAUCGUGAAGGCGCAGGUUAGUCUAGGUUUCCACGCUAUCACCGAUGGUGAGUACCGCCGCUAUCCUCAGGGUAUAACUAAAAUCGCUGUUCCGGAUCCCGAUGUAUUCAGGAUAUAUAGCCUUAGUAUUAAUACUAUUACUAAGAAGUAUAAACCUAGGAGGACCCUCCUACAUACUAGUAGUAUUAAGCAUAAAGGUAGCAGCUAUACCGAUUAGCGGCUUCCUAGCAAACAUAUAACUAAUAGGUCCGAGAAUACCUCGUACUUCGUGCGAGGUUCUAGUCUUUUUGAACGUCCUCAAGGGCUUACGGACCUAUUGCCUGACAAGAACGACCUAUUACUUAUAUACUUAACGGGUAUGUUACUAUUAAAAUAUAUUAACUUAUAUAGCGACUAUAUUGCUUAAAUUCCCUAGGAUAUAGUCGCUAGCGCAUAUCUAUACCGGGGUAACUUCGUUAAUUCGCGAUAUUUCUCCGAGGGCGGCUGCGCUCGUAUUACGACGCUGCUGUUCUAGAAACUUAAGAUAUAUACUAAUUACUUCGAGUAUAAUACGCCGCAGGCUGGCGGGUUUGAGCCCCUCUAGUACUUACUAAAGAAUAAAAACGCUAUUCUCGGUGUCAUUACUAGUAAGUUCCGUAAGAUGGAGGAUAAGGAGGAGAUAUUGGCCCGUGUUAAGGAGGCCGCUAAUUUAAUGGCGAAAGGUGCAGGUAGUGAGAGUAAGGCUAAUACGUUAAAGAGGUGUAGUGUCGGCCCUCAGUCUAGGUUUACGAGUUAUAGUAGUGGGGAUGCGGUGAAGAGGGAGGAUAUGAUUGAGAAACCGAAAUUGGUUAGGAGGAUCGCAGACCGCAUUUGGCCUGAAGAGCCUUAA